GUUUAAGACAAAGCGAACUGCAACAACAAUCACCCUUGGAUUUUUCUAAUAGACACAAAGAAAAUCUUGAGUUCCAUUUGAGACAAUUCCUUACCGAUAAUUUGGUCUCUAACAAUAUUGGUAGUUCAAAUUCGAAUAUGAUUAAUACUUUUCAACCAAAUACAACAGUUCAUCAACCUCAAACAAGGAGGAAGUUCUUUUAA